CCCUUUGAUCCUUGUUUUCAACUCUUGUAACAUUGUGAUAAAUCUUUUAUAGACAGCUUUUCCAUUUCACCAAGAGUAACAUAUGCCACGGAAAUGUAUCAUAUAACAGGUGAUAAUACGUACAGCUAAAAUGGUGACAGGUGCGAGAUGGAAGAUAAACGGCGGGGAAAGGCUCAGAGUCCUCAGCAGUGGCCAGGUGGAGGACGGCAAGAAGUAGACAUGUUUGAUAGAGAAGCUCGCCCCCACAGUAUGGCAAGAAUUACACAGCCUGACUACCACUUCACAUCCCAGCAUUUAGCUGAUGACCCAGUAGAGAAGCAUGUUUUGUUUGCUGGGGUGAUUGAUGAUGUUUCUGCAACUAUGGACAUCACCAACAGAACAGAUGUGUUGCGUGUUAUUGACAAAGGAAAGAAACUUGGUGUCAUACCAAUGCAUGUGACAUAUGACCACUCAGCCAUCAUGAGUCUCAGCUUACACAAUAUUAAAAUCAUGAAACACAACAGCAAUGAAGAUCUUCUGCUAAGAAUUCCCAUGCAUGAAAUUGCUGCAAUCUGCUAUAUUAAAGAUGAUAAACAACACAUUCUGGCAAUUAAAUUUGGGACUCCAGAAGUGUGCCAGUUGGCUGUGCUGUAUUGUGACAGCAAGCCUGUUGCUGAAGAGUUGUGUGCCCUUGUGGGUCAGUGUUUCCGAUUGAUCUACACAGAAGCAAUGAUCGAAAUUCUCAACUCCUCUAUUGAUCCUACUGGAAUCCCUUCAACUGGAGGAUCUACAACUAUCCCAAACAAUGCAGCAAGUGAUUCUGUAAAUGGCAGUGACUCCAAGUCCAUUAGGGGUGGAGUUCCCAGUGAAGGAGGCAGCACAACUAGCUUUUCAGCAGAAGAGCUACUUAAAGACUACAUGAAAAAGCUUCACAAGGAGCUUGACGCAAGUGAACUGAAAAUCUUUGCACAAGCUCUGCAAGACUUGGAUAGUCGCUUUCAGGAUUUCUGUGAACGUGUGCUUCAGCUAUAUGGGGCAGAUCGCAAGCACUUGCUUGCAGAAAUGUUGCCUUUCAUUCCUGCGGACAACCUGCCAUACUUUGAGGAUUUCUUGGCUCAGAAUGGCAUUCUACUGCCUGAGAGCACUAGCACUCUGUCCAGUUACCGAAGUAACAUACGCAACUACCCAACGCGACGAUCUAUUGGAGAAGUGUCAACAACCAGCAGCAUCAGUAACAACCCCACAAGCGAUGAGGCACUGCACCAAUUGUUAGAGCUGACAGAGUCACAGUAUGACAGUGUUGUAGUUGACACCGAUCCUAACAAAUAUGUCCCCAGUGCUGAUUAUUGAUUAUAAGCUUUGUUUUCCUGGAGCUGAGUUCCAAUUACUCUUCAUAGCACCUGCAGAAGAAAAGUGGGAGGUAUUGGAGUGACACAGGCAUUAGAAAUCAUAGAAGGAUGCCAACAGUAAAAUUUGUUUUUUGAGAAACUGGAACAAGAGAAAUGCUUAAUAUGGAAUAUGAUUGCAGAUUAGAGGACUGGUCAAUUCAACCAUCAGUUCAUUUUGACCACAGUAUCAGUCAAUUCAACUUCAGCCCUGUCAAUUUGACUACUGCUUAUAGUUCAUUACACAAUAUCAUCAUUUGUGUGAUAAUUUGGCUACAAAAUAAGUGAAUUUUGAUGUUCUUUCCUUUCUCUUCCUUGGUUGAUAAAAGUCGUGUUUGUGGGUGAAAGAAAAAGAGAAUCCAAGUCCAAGUCAAAAUAAAUCGGAGUUUUCGACAUAUUCUGACAUCUUCACAAUUUUUAAACUUUAUGCUUUUAUUUUCUUUAAAGGAGCUGUGCCAUGCCAAUUGAUCUGCUAUUGCAUAAAUUAAACUAAGCAAGGAAUGUAUUUUUUUGUUCCUCAAGGUAUGUAGGUAUCCAUGUGCCAUAUUAUUUCUAACUGUAUCUGUUAUUCAUAACAAUGGCAGCCGACUUACAUAGGUCACUUGAUUAAUUUGCACAGAAAAAAAAAUUUUUUGCUUACAUACAGCAAGCGUUGAGUGCGUUAUUACAUUUAAUAGUAACUUCCAUACUUGGUGAUCAAAUCCACUGAGGCCAGUGGUCGAUUUAACUUUGGGUUGUGGAUGAAUCAGCUUACAGUCAUGGUCAAAUCAGAAAGUGAUCAAAUUGACCAGUAGUCACAGAUUACUCAGACUUAAAAACAAACCAGAACCUUUACUAGGUUACAAGUUUUUGCAAAGCUUUGUCUGCUUAUGUUUAUUUUUCCAUAUUUAGCAUGCCACAUUUAGCAUAGAGCAUGCUAGCUUUGUAUAAAGCUUUGAAGGAGACCUUUUUUUCCAGAAAUCUUUUUCUUUGUAGCAUUCUUUCUCUGUUUGCUUUUUUUCCUUUGGUUAUUAUGUUUUAUGUGAAACGUCCAGUGUGAGGGACAGGCUUGUUUCAGGGGUUAUUGUGGCAUAAAAUAUGAAUGUAAACAGACGUUGGUAAACAACUGCAUAACAUCCACUAUACUUGUCUCUCAGGUUUACUUCAACUUAUUUUGAAUCUCGGCUGUUCUUUACAUUUCCAGUGGUAUAUUCCAUGCAAGCAUAUUCACCAUGUUUGCAGUUUAGAUUUCUGGAUAAUGCCAACAAUCCUGUAUUAACUGGCUAGUGACUGACGAGUAGAUAUCUUGACCAUUCUGAACAGAGACCUGGUCAGCUGUGACUGGUUGAUGUCAAGAACGAUACCGUCAGGAUGUCUCUUGUUGGGCAAAAUUCUUUAAUGUAUCUAAAUUGCAUAUUAUUGUUCUGGUAUGUUGCUAUUCUUGAUGAAUUUUUGUUUAAUGAUGAGAUAUUCCCAUUUUGUCUUCCAUCUUUUAUGUUGAGUCAUUCAUGAUGUAAUCUGAAGACAAUGUUCUUAUAGAAUGUUUCUGGAUGUAAAGGGAUGUAUUUGAUUGCAAUUAAAAUUAUAAGAUAUAAUGGACGAACAGACAUUGCUCUGCAAACUUAGCUUGAAGCACACAUGGGGCUGUUGUUAAUAAUUGUUUGACACUCUUUAGUGAGUGGAUAAUUUUAUCAAAGUAAAAGUUUACAUUAAUAUGUGCCUUUAGGAUAUGUUUUUCGUGUAUAUAUGCAGUUUUAUAUCAAAAGGGGUCUCUUCCCUUACAUCAACUGUGCAGGUGUAAAUAAAUAUAAUAAAUGCUGACUUAUUUAAAGCUGUUUGGUAUCAGUAAACAGUCAUGAUUGUUAUAUCAUAAUAAAGUCCAAUAGUGCUGUUGGCAUUAAUAGUUGUUCUAAGUAUCAAUAAAGUGGAUGAUCAUGUUGCUUCUU